AUGGCGGAGACGUUGAGGCGAGUGCUAGCCCGGUGCAGCGCGGCUGGGAACAGGGAGGAGAGCGCGGCGGAGGCAGGGCCGCCUCUGCUGCUGCUUGGUGCUUCAGGCUCUGGGAAAACAGCCCUGCUAUUUGCAACGGCCCUGGAGGUAGCCGGAGAAGGCCGAGGCCCCGUGCUCUUCUUGACCAGGCGUCCUCUUCAAAGCCUGCCCGUGGGUACGAGAACCGCUCUCGACCCUUUGCGGCUCCAGAAAAUUCGCUUCCAGUACCCACCCUCCACCCGAGAGCUUCUGCACCUCCUGUGCUCCGCCCAUGAGAUCCCAGGGCCUGCGCCCUCCCUCCUACUGCUGGACGGCCUGGAGGAGUAUCUGCUGAAUGACCUGGGUUCGCAGGAAGCCACCUAUCUAACUGCUCUUCUCUUGGAUACCGCUGCCCACUUCAGCCGCAGGCUGGGCACGGGUCAGGGCUGCGGGCUCGUCGUGGCCCUGCAGACCCAGGAGGAAGCAGACAGCAGAGACGGCCUGCAGGUGGCAAUGCUCCGGCGCUACUUCCCUGCUCAGUGCUGGCUGCAACCAGGGGCGUCUGGCCCAGGAGAGCACCGUCUGCGAGUCUGCCUGGAGCUGGGUGGGCUGAGCCCCAGGACAGAGUGGUGGGUGGCUUUUCAGCCACAGGGAGAGAUGAGGAUCACCCCCAUAGUCCAUCCAAGCGAAUAACCCCAGCUCAGACCAGAGUUCAAGUGUCCGAGGCAAGCCUUGAGCUUUGCUGUGUCUCUGUGGACCAUGGCUGGAAUACUUAACUUCUGGGUCAUAUGAAGAUCCAAAGACCAGGGGAUGGGAAGGUG